UUGUUUCUCAUUCAUUUCUCUCUUGUUAAAGUAACAAUUUAACUCUUUCAGUUUUGUUUCUCUCUCUCUCUCUUCUUAAUUGUAGUUUAAUUUUAAAUUGUUGCUAUGGAUGAUCGAUAUUCAUAUCCACCUAAUUAUCCUCCUCGAAAUGAUUUAAUUACAGAUUUUGGUUCUAUCACCGCCAUGGAUAAUUUGGAUUCCAUGUCACCUUAUGUUUACCCUCCUCCACAUCAAUAUAAUCAAUAUCAAUAUGUUCCGCCGGUGGGCAAUCCACCGACCAAUUCAUCUCUCUAUUCAUCACAUUCUUCCUUCACCCCCAAUGGUAAUGGUCUUGGUAAUUGUGGUAAUGGUUUAGGAAUCGGCGGCGAUGGUGGUGGUGAUCUGAAUAACGACUCAUUUUAUUCAUCAAAUGUUCCUGGUGGUGGUGGUGGAAGUGGAGGUGGUGGUGAUUCAUUUGGAGAUGAGCCACCGCUUUUGGAGGAAUUGGGACUCAAUUUUGACCAAUUUAUGGCGAAAACAAUGUUGGUUGGUAAUCCAUUCAAUUCCACUAACAACAAUAGUAGUAAUGAUAAUGAUUUGGGUGAUUUACUGAUUGACAAGGAGGAUUCACUAACAAGGUCACCCAAUUCACCCACCAGCAACCUUUCACCUUCAAAUGAAACAAAUCAUCAAUCUCAUCAUCAUUUACCAUCAUCUGAAAAUAAUUAUGUUGACGACCGGUCAAUACAAGUAAUUUAUUCAGAAAACAAUUCAACUUCAAAUCAUAUUUGUGACAAUUUAAUUGUAUCAAGUAACAAUCAACAACAUGGUAAUAAUAAUGGUAAUGGUAUUGUAAGAGGAGCAAAUUCAAAUAAUGGAGGAAAUGAUGACCAUGGUCAAGAUAAUCGUUCAGAUUCAAAUGAAGAUAAUCAGUUGAUUAGUUCUUGGGAAAAACCCAUGCCUGAUGAAUUAAAUUAUUCAUUUGAUUCAAGGAUUCGAUCAACAAAUAAUUUAACCAAUCGAUUCAACGGUAAUUCAAAUUUAAAUCAUUCCAACAAUAACAAUUUAAAUGUCCAUCCGAAUCCACCACAUUUAUUACCUAAAUUGCACACAAUUGGAAGUGGACAAUUUAUGAACAGCGGACAUUCAACUCGUUCAACGCCAAUUUUGAACUACAAUCAACACCAUCGACAAAUAUUGCCCACCUUGCAGCCGACAACAAACAAUGGUACAAAUGCUGCGGCUGCUUUCACCGCUUAUCCAUCCUAUCAACGUCCGAUUGCAAUUCAGCCCAAUCUUGGGUAUACUCAUAAAGUUUCACCUCGACUUAUCUCACCCUACAUGACGACCAAUGUCGGUGGCAGGGAGAUUAUCUUCUGGCGAGCGCCUCUUGGUAAAAUGUAUCAACAGCAAACAACCACUUCUUCAACUCCUCCAGGUUCCCAUCAUCAUCCACACUUGGGCUCACCUUCACUCAGCUCACUUCAAGAAUCAACGAGUCCCAUUCAUGGUCGGAUGCCCAUCAUGAUAUCAGCCAGUCGGGUAUCUUUUACCAAUUCACCUCUUGGCAGUGAUGAUUCCUCUUCGCCUUCAUCAUCUUGUUCAACCUCUUCUUCCUCUUCUUCCUCUUCAACACCUUCAGCUGCUGGAAUAACAAUGGAUAAAAAGCUUUAUAUGAAUAACCCGCUAUUGGUCAACAUGUUGACUUGUCCACAAAUACCUGGACUUCGAAAUUUGGCUCCCGCUCCUGAUUCAUCUUCCUCUCAUUUAGAUGAGAAAUCGAAAUCGGAAAUUCUUUCUGGCCUUAUUGAUGUUGCAAGUGAAAAACGUAAACGAUCACAUCGAUCAAUCGCAACAACAAAUCGAGAACCAAUUAAAAGGGAAAUGCGUCCAAAAAUUUUCGAUAUUGAACAAUUUAAAAUUGGAAUGUUCCAUGUUCAAUCUUCCAAUGAAGGAUUAACUCGACGAAAUUCAUCAACACAGUUAAAAGUUAUCUUCUCAAAGAGGAGGUUCAUCUACGAAUUUGCAUUCCCAGGUUCUUACACCUGCGAUAAAAAAGAUCAAAACGGAAUCCUCAGUGUCCAAUCUCUGUCCACAAAUAGUGCGAACUGUGGACUGAGUGGUGGUGGUGGUGGUGUUAAUUUUGUUCCGGAUAGUGCCAACAAUAACACCUCUCGAACUCAAUCCAACACUAAUGCAUCAACUGUCGUUUAUUAUGUGAUCGCUGUUCCAUUUGAACAUGUUACUGGUUUGAAUAUCGACGAGUCAACAAUGUAUCUAACUGUUAAUCGAGUUCCAGCUCUGUUCGGUGGUACUUCAGUUCGAAGUAAAGUUCUUUUUGAAAAAGCUCCACGAUUUGAUCCUUCUCAAGGAGAAAUUGAAAGUAAUGGUCUCCAUUGCAUCCAUUUACGAUCUAGUCAAGUUGGACGUUUACGAAGCUCACUAAUUGAGUUCGAUAAAAAAUUUGCUGACCUUUUAUCAAAUAAAAUCGAUAUUGAUCCUUUCUCGUAUCGAUGUAAACUCACAGAGACAAGUGAAGAUUCAAAAGAGGAUGAAAAGGAUUCAGAUUUUCCAUCAAGAUCAAAGAAAUUAAGAAUCUCUUAACAAAAUGUUCCAGAAAUUGAUUCGACUAAAAUUUUGAUUGUCUCUCUUUCCUCUUGAAUCCAAUAAAUAAGUUAUUUUUCAAAUUGUUUACGAUUA